UUGAUAAGUCGUCAUCCUUACCUGCGUGACGGAUAACUGAUUUUCAUCCGCGUGUUUUCAUUGUGGUCCUAAGUUAAGUGUAACUCACUGGUUCAAGUCUAUCGAAAAAAUCGCUCACAGCUUUAAAAGGGAAGGAAUAGAGUACUUUAAAACUAAUAUCUGAGGGGUAUGGUUUUGAUGUUGAUUGUCCUCUGAUAUGGCUGAUACACGUGGGCGACUAGAGACGGAGAUAUUUGCCAACCAAUGGAGCUCAAAUCCUGAGCUUGAAGCAAUCAAGGCGAGAGUACUGGAGUUGGAGGAGGAAGCUGACAAGCUUAGGGAAGUUCAGUCUUUGGCAGAACGGCAGCUCAUGUACAAUCCCCUCGCAGCGCUGUUUUACCACAUGAGUCACGAGGAGAGAAUUGAUGCUGACAACAGAUCAGUUUAUGUUGGAAAUGUGGACUAUGGUGCAACUGCGGCUGAGUUGAAGGUCUAUUUCAGUGGUUGUGGUUCUGUUAAUAGGGUGACCAUUCUAUGUGACCGAGUCACUGGUCACCCAAAAGGCUUUGCAUACAUAGAAUUCUCAGAAAGGGACUCUGUGGGGACUGCGAUGACCUUGGAUAAUACUUUAUUCAGGGGUAGAGUCAUAAAGGUUUCGCCCAAAAGGACCAACAUACCAGGCAUCACCAACAGAGGGGGCCAGCGGGGUCGGCCAUGGGCCCGUGGCAACAGGUUCAACAAUGGGUUUCAGGGUCGCUUCAGGGGAAACGGAAGAAUCCAGCCUUGGUCUGACCAUUAUUAAUUUUGAAUUAGAGUAUGGUUUCUUUUAAUUUUUAUUUAAUUUUAUUUAUUACUAUGGGAAUUGUGUGAGCAAUUUGACCGUGUAAUAUUAUAAUUUGGAAGUCUUGGCUUUUUACUUUAAUAUGGAUUUUAUGUGUUUAUUUCCUAAACAAAUGGCACUUGAAUUGAAUUUUGUAGAAAUGUUUGUUUCUGUGAAUUUUCUUACAACUGGAAAAAUAAAUAUCAUUAUUUGA